CUUGCUCUCCUAGUAACAGCAUCACCAUCGACAGCACCAUUCGCGACGAGCAAUAUGGUAUGCUGUGCUCGCAGGACACAGUAAAUUCCAUUUAAUAAUUUUGAGUAGUCAAAGCGCGGAUAUUCACUUACAAAGGUAAAAACGAUAGUCGGCGCGAUGUGACACGACGGCAAGAAAAUUCUAAAGUAUUAAUAAAAUAUUUAUGCAUAUAUUAAACAUUUUGAGCACAAAUGAAGUGAACAUUUUUCAAAAAUUAAAUUCAACAAAUUAUUGUGAACAGUCCAUAUAAUCCUGGAAUGGAUGUGUUAAAUUUUUUUUACUAUAUACCAUAGCUAGUUUUGUUCCAUAAUCAAAUUUGUUCAAGCCAAACGAAUAAUAAAACGAAGUGAAAAUAACGAAAUGGAAAAUACUUCUCAUUGAACCAUUAAAAAAGAAGAAAAGAUAGAAAUAAUUAAUAACAAUUCAACAUCAGAAAUCGAAAACUCUUUAAUCAUACUGUUGAGACAGCUUCGUAUACAAAGUGACACAAUUGGAUUACUAUAUUCACAACAACAACAACAUAAUUCAGCUGUCACUGAGUGUAUAAAGGGAUCCUGAGCAAUAUUAUAAAAUUAUUGGAUAUAUUCACACUCAUAAACAAAUUUAAUACAUAAAUAAGUAUAACACAAAUAAUUGUUACGGGUUUUGAAUGCGCUUGGCGCUCAGCGUUUCGACGGUGCCAAGCAAUGUAUUUUCAAUAUUCAAAAAGGAAAUACAAGUAUUCAUCAUAAUCGCAAUGAUAAUGAAGCUAAAAAUAAAACUUCGCCUAAAUGAAGAAUGAAGAAACAAAAUGUUCGCACGAUAUCCUUGAUCGUGUGCACAUUUACAUAUUUACUAGUUGGCGCUGCUGUAUUUGACUCGCUCGAAUCGGAAACGGAAAAGCGGCGCUGGGAAGCACUGCAAGCUGUGGAAGAUAUGAUUAUACGAAAAUACAAUAUUUCACAAGAGGACUUCAAAGUGAUGGAGACAGUUGUGCUUAAGUCAGAACCACACAAAGCUGGCCAACAAUGGAAAUUCACUGGUGCAUUUUAUUAUGCAACAACAGUGUUGACGACUAUCGGUUACGGCCAUUCCACGCCAAGCACAAUCGGUGGCAAACUCUUCACAAUGUGUUAUGCAAUUGUGGGGAUACCAUUGGGCCUUGUGAUGUUCCAAAGUAUUGGAGAAAGAGUGAAUAGACUGAGCAGCUAUGUUAUACAAGCAGUGAGGAAGUCACUACGUUGUAAACGAACUGCGGCUUCUGAAGUAGAUUUAAUAUGCGUUGUGACAACGCUGAGCUCUUUAACGAUAGCUGGUGGUGCUGCGGCUUUUUCACGCUACGAAGGUUGGAGCUAUUUCGAUUCAGUAUAUUACUGCUUUAUUACUUUAACUACAAUAGGUUUUGGAGAUAUGGUAGCUUUACAAAAAGAUAAUGCACUCAACAACAAACCGCAAUAUGUGAUGUUCGCAUUGAUAUUCAUAUUGUUCGGUUUGGCAAUUGUUGCCGCCUCGCUGAAUCUGCUAGUAUUGCGGUUUGUUACAAUGAAUACGGAGGAUGAACGAAGGGAUGAAGCACAAGCUAUGCAGUUUAUAACCAAGUCCAAUAUUUGGACAAAAGAGGCUUUACAAGUUGCUGUUAAAUUAGAAGGUGACGUCAUUACAGCAAAUGGCUCCAUUUUAAGUGGAUAUGAAGGUCAUGAAGUUCAGUCAAAUAGUAGUGGCUCAACUACAUCCAUGUGUUCAUGUAGCUGUGCACGUUUUAGUGCAAAUCGUCAUAAAACGCAUCAAUACAAAGCGCGUCGUUCACCCUCGCAUAUACGUCAUUUAUUGCCGGAAGUUGUACCAAUGCAGGACUUAAGCUACGAUACACACAGCCUCAAUGCCGACGGGCUCGAUAUCGUGGAUACAUCAUCAGUCUCGCCUUCGAAACCACACAGACAAUUACUCAAACGCAAUGUUUCGCUACUAUCUUUUCGUAUUUAAAAUACAAUUACUAUUAAUGAAGAUAAAUUAAGUAUUAUAGGUACAUACAUUAAUAAGUAGGUAUGCUUAAAUACAAUAAUUUUUAUUAGCCGGUAAUUAAAGCUUUUCACAAUGCUUUGUUGUGUGCUUCAUGCAGGCGGUACCGUUGUGUAUGUGGUAUACAUAUUUAAAUAUUUAUAAAUAGUUGUUGGGUCGCUACCUUCAUUCUAAGGGUACCUGCAGAGUGGACGCUCAAAGACGAGCCGAGCGCAGAGCUGACAAAAGUUAGAAAUCAGCUUCGAAAUUGUGUGCGUAAUUAUUUUAAUGCCAAUUUGCACAGGCAGCGCAAAGUGCACGUUGACCAAAGCCGCAGCCAAAACUGAUCAAUCCGAGAAAGUUGAAACGUUUUUCGGCACCGACUCGACUGUUGCAUUGUUCAUUUGCAUAUCGGUUUAGUGAUCUCACAUUUUGCUUACAAGGGAUUAGCAUGAAUGUGGUAGAACAAUACUUAAAUUUUCAAUAUUCAUUUAAUAUUUUCAAGGUUAAAUUUAUAACGGCAAUUCCCUAAUUUAUUAAAUAUCCGCUAUUAAUAUUUUCAAAGUCAAAUUUAUGACGGGAGUUUCCUAAUCUAUCGUGAAGUAAUAAAAAUCCGUUUUUACGCCCAAUUUUUUUUAGCUUUUUCUCUCAAAACAUUCAAUAAUAAAUUGUAUAUCUUCUUUUAAAUAAAGUGAUAUUCGAACUAAAUCGUGCGGUUAACAUAAACUGUUACGAACAAGAAACAAAACAGAACAGUAUAACAGCAAAGUACGCGCGGAAUUCAGCGCUGAAUAUGGCAUUCACUUUGCAUUAUGUAAAAUUGAUAAGCGCUGAUCGAAAUCAGUUUUGCGCUCGAUUCGCGUUUGAGCGUCCACUUUGCAGGCACCCUAAUGCAGAUUACAUUAUGCACUUUUUUGCGCUUCAUUUGCGAAUAUGUAUGUAUGUAAAUAUUAAACAAAAUCUUAAAGAAAAUACUUAUAAUUAGUUAGGUAGGUGUAAAGCUUAGCGAAAGCCUAUCAGUCAAUAGAUUUCCUUAAUAUUAGCAAUUGAAAUGCUCAUAAUAAGAACGUUUGCUUAUCUUAAAGGCUUAGGAUAUUCCGCGCUUUAUUACUAAGCUCAUUAAAGGAUUUUUAACUUUUUAUUUUAGACUUUGGAUAUUAAAAUCUUUGAGAAUGAGUAGCAAUGCUAAGUAAUUAAAACAUUUUAAUUUUUUACUAAACAAAUACAUAAAAGUAUGUAUGUAUUUUUGUAGAAAUGUUAAGCCAUCAAUAUCUUUCUUUAAUUUACACAAAUAUGAGAACACGAUGCAUACUAUGUAGUUAGUCAAACGCGCUCAUUUCUAUUAAUUUUUUUGCACAAAUUGAUGUUUGUUACAAAAGAAUGUACAUACUACCGUCAGGCCUCCAAAAAAGCUGAAUAUUAAUAUGCUCAACCAGAUAAAAAUGUUGCUCUAAAAAAGGCUACAAAAGGGAUUGACCACUUUUUAAUCCAAAAAUAUGUAUUUUUUUCUAAACAUGAACAUUUAAAAGUGCCCAAUGAUCAUUUUAAUACCCACAAUAGCCGCUUUUAAGUUAUUGGAAGGACUGUUACUCUGGCGAUCUAAGCCUGUUUCGAUCGUAAAAUAGUAAUACCUUUUGUACGAAGGUAAAAGCUUCACCAGAUAAAGACAAAAGUUAUAUAAAAACUCCAAACGUUGCGAUUACAUUUUUUUAUAUGCGCGGUUUUUUUUAAAUAAAUAUGGAAAACCAUU